AGUCAUCAUGAUAUACCAUACAAUCUAGGCAGUGCAUCAUUAUUUAUCAGUUAAUCUGUAUGUUAGACUUCCAUUGACACUUGAAGCAUCAAGGGUGCUUGUGGAAUUGACUAUAUAAGUAGACUUACUCUUCAGCAAUUUCAUUAGAAUGAGUGGACUUUCUCUUUACAUUUCUUGCUUUCAGUCUUUCUUUCUGUAAACAAGAACCAUUGAGAACCUACUGAUAUAUCAAGACAAAGAAAAGUCCAUUUGGAGAAUCAUGAAGCUGUGAUAGCUUUAACAGCUUGAAUUUUAUGUUUAACAUAACAAGUUAACGAGGACAUAAUGGCAAGGACAAAGGGCUGGUUUGGUUGGGUGAAGAGGCUCUUUACUCCAGAAUUAAAGACAAACACGAAAAAGAUAUCAAACAAGUGGAGAUGGAUUUUUGGAAGACUUGAACUUCAGCACUACCCUUCUCACGCUGUGCUUACAGCAUCAGAAAGAGCAUUUCGUGAAGCUACAGAAGAGCAGAAAAAACAUGCUUUGACUGUUGCAAUAGCAACAGCGGUUGCAGCCAAGGCAGCUGUAGCUGCUGCCCAAGCUGCAGCUGAGGUUGUGCGCCUAACGGGAGCUUCACAAUCUUUCCACCAUUUCACAAAGUUUGACAGGAACAUGGCUGCCAUUAAAAUUCAAAGUGCUUAUCGCUCGCAUCUUGCAAGGAAAGCAUUGCGAGCCUUGCGAGGACUGGUCAGGCUUCAAGCCAUAGUUCGUGGUCGAGCUGUGAGACGUCAAGCACUCAUAUCUUUGAAGCGGUUGCCAUCUAACAGAAAAGCGCAGACAGAGGUUACGAAAAGGAGCAUUUCUACCGUAGAUGUGAGAUGCAACGGUAGCGAAAAGAAGCAUCUUGGCAGGCCAAAAGGGGAGUUGGAUGAGAAAGAAAUAACACUUUUAUGCAGCAGCAGACAGAUGAGGUGGGAUGACAGUCUAAUUUCAAAGGAGGACAUUGAAGCAAUAUGGCUAAGAAAGCAAGAGGCCAGAAUCAAAAGAGAGCGGAUGAAGAAAUACUCGUUCUCUCUCCGGGAAAGCCAGAAUGUGAAAAUGUUAGAAGAUUCAAAUGGUAGUACUGGUGGAACGUUUGGAACUUCACAAGUUAAACUGAGACAUUUGAGAAAUGAAUAUUCAGUGGAAGGUCGAUGAGUGUAUGCCUUUCAUUUUCAAGACGAUCUUUCUGUCAAGCAAAACAUAACUCUGGUCAAGAUUAAGACCGUAGCUUGAAGGCAACUUCUCCAGUUUUUUGCCAGCUUGCAAUGGUGGCCAUGUCAGGAUCUGCCAAGGAGAGACAAGGCCUCUAGGGCAUGCCGAAACAACGAGUAGGAUCACCGGAUGGACAGUACAAUCAAACUUACCUUAAUAAUGAGAAUGGCUUCUCUGUUUAAUAAUUUUACUUAUAAUGCUCAAUAAAUUAGCAAGCUUUAUUAGUAAGAAUGUUAAGAAUGUAUAGAUUUUGUUGGAAUAUUGGAUCUAUAUUUAAGCAAUAAUAAAUGUUAAAAGA